CCUGGAACUCACGGUGAUCCUCCUACCUCUGCCUCCUGAAUGCUGGGAUUAAAGCAGUGCGCCACCACGCCGGGCUUUGGUCUACCUUGUUCUGACAGAAGCUCGUCCAGGACAGGGUUAAGUGUGCUGCGGACACGCCCCACUCCGGGCAGGGCGAAGUCUAAACAUCACUUCCGCCCUCACCCCCUCCUGCCCGUACACGAGCGGUGAAGGCGCAGGGGGUUGUGCGUCACUUCCGGUGAGCCCUGCGGGUGACAACGGCAACAUGGCCCUGAAUGGCGCUGAGGUCGACGAUUUCUCCUGGGAGCCCCCGACUGAAGCGGAGACGAAGGUGCUGCAGGCGCGACGGGAGCGCCAGGAUCGCAUCUCCCGGCUCAUGGGCGACUACCUGCUCCGCGGGUACCGCAUGCUGGGCGAUACGUGCGCAGACUGCGGGACGAUCCUUCUCCAAGACAAACAGAGGAAAAUCUACUGCGUGGCUUGUCAGGAGCUCGACUCAGACGUGGAUAAAGAUAAUCCGGCUCUGAAUGCCCAGGCUGCCCUUUCCCAAGCUCGGGAACACCAGCUCGCCUCUGCCACAGAGAUCCCCUCAGGCUCUCGACCCACCUCUCAGCCCCCAGUACCCCGUCCAGAACACUGUGAAGGAGCUGCUGCAGGGCUCAAGGCGGCAGCCCAGGGGCCACCCCCUCCCGCUGUGCCUCCAAAUGCAGAUGUGGUGUCUUGCACACAGACAGCCCUCCUGCAGAAGCUGACAUGGGCCUCAGCUGAGCUGGGCUCCAGCACCUCACUGGAGACUAGUAUCCAGCUGUGUGGCCUUAUCCGGGCUUGUGCUGACGCCCUGUGCACCUUGAAGCAGCUGCAGCAUUGAACCCCCCACCCCCCACCCCCGAUCCCUUGAGAAAAACAGCUGUUCCCCUUUGUGGUUUAUUUUAAAUAUAUUAUUAUUUUAAA